CUUGCUGGCCGGGCGCGCGGGUUGGGGGAGCCAGGCCGCCGCUGUCGCUCACGUCGUGUCUGUUCCCUGGCAGCCAGGAGAUGCCGUCCUCGCCGCUCCCCUGGGAGUUCCACCUGCCCCUGGCCCCGGCCGACCUGCUCCGCAGCGGGGGCCCCGCGCAGUACGUGGUGCAGGAGGUGCUGGCCCCGGCCCAGGUUGCUGGGCAGCUGGCGGAAUUCCAGCGGGCGUUCCAAGUGCAGGGGCCACUAGCCAUCCUGCAGCACUUCGACACCCUCUACAGUCUACUCCACCACUUCCCCGUAAAUGCUGCAGUCAAGGAGGAUGCCCUGGAGCUGAUGGUGAAAGUAGUGGUGUCCCGUCACUCCAGUGACCUCUCUUCAUCUUGGAUUCUGUGCCUGAACCCUUCAGACCGUACCACUCACCUCAGUGCUCUUAAAAUGAACUGCUUACUGAUUCAUCUAGUGGAGGCCUUUGAAAUGACUCCUGCAAGAAAAUGCUGCCUGAUGUGAAUACCCAUAUCUCCUCAGAGCAAGAAGAACCGCACCACGGGCACAGGCUUCUGCUGGGAGGAGAGGCAGCCAGUCAUACAUCUGCUCUGCCAGUUCAGAUCUCUUGGGAGGGUGGAGGGGUGUCGGAUCUCUUUUAUCACUCCCUAUUUUCCUCUCAGCCUAGUGACUGGCAGCUGUUACCGCAUUUUGGAGAAGCCCAGCAUCAGCCACCAGAAGCAUCGGGCCGUGCGGGAGGCAGUAAUGCAUCUGCUUGCUGUGGCUCUGACUCACUAUGACCACAUGCUCAGUGCAACUCUGAAGAUCUCACAGAUGCUGCAGCACUUUGAACAUGUAGCCCCAGUGUUUGCGGGGGCUGUGAGCCUGUGGGCCACAGAGUAUGGCAUGAAGAGCAUGGUGGGAGAGCUGCUGAGGGAGAUUGGCCAGAAAUGUCCACAGGAUCUGACUCGGGAUGCUUCUGGAGUGAAGGGUUGUGCUGCUUUUCUCACAGAACUGGCUGAACAAAUCCCAGCAAUUGUGCUGUCGAACAUGAGUGUCCUCCUGCAUCAUUUGGAUGGAGAGAGCUAUGUGAUGAGAAAUGCCAUCCUGACAGCCAUGGCAGAGAUGUUGUUGCAGGUGCUGAGUGGAGAUCAGCUAGAGGAAGCUGCAAGGGGUACUCGGGACCAGUUCCUGGAUACACUGCAGACCCAUUUAUGUGAUGUCAAUGGGUUUGUGCGCAGCCGUGUGCUGCAGCUCUUCACUCGGAUUGUCCAGCGGAAGGUGAAUCUCUCUGCACUAAUUACCCCAGAGGAGGAGUGGGAGGCCAUGCAGCCAGAGCUUAGGGCCACUAUACAUCAGCUCCUUCACCCAUUGCAAGGAGAAGAGGAGGAAGAGACGCUAGAGGUUGAGGAGACUGCACUGAAUACGGCUGAGCGCAUCAUCCAGUUGCUGAGGAAGCUAAAUUACAAGCAUGCUAUCCGUCUAACAGAGAUGGCUGUGUGCCACUUCCAUGGGAUGGAGCCCUUCACCAGCAGUUCAGGGUUGGAAGGUGACAAGGAAACCAUGAUCCUGGGCAUUCUGAGGACACUCUACACAGAUUCCAACCUGGAAAACAAUAUCCAACAACCUUUGCACAGCAGGGGGAAUGAAGACCCUGUGGUAGAGGAGCAGCCAACCUCUGAGCUGGUUAAGCAGGAGAUGCUGGUGCAGUAUCUGCAAGAUGCCCAUGGCUUCUCUAUGAAAAUCACUGAAGCCUUGAGCAUGGUCAGCAGGAUGAUGUAUGAAAGCUCUGUCUCUGUGGUGCAGGAGGCCAUUGAGUUCUUUGUGACAGUCUCGCAGUUUGGUGUCCCCCAGGCACUGCAUGGAGUCCAAAGGAUGCUUCCCCUUAUAUGGUCUAAGGAGCCAGGUAUUAGAGAAACCGUGCUAAGUGCCUACAGGAGGCUGUACCUGAACCCAAGUGGGGACUCUGAAAGGUCUAGGGCGGAGAGUCUGGUGCGGUCUCUUUCCCUCCUCAUGGUAGAUGCAUCACUAGGGACCAUUCAGUGCUUAGGGGAAAUAAUCUCAGAGUUUGUGCAGAAAGAUGAAAUAAAGCCAUCUGUGGUCAACCUGCUCUGGGAGCAGUUCACUGAGAAAUCACAGUGUUCAGCACUGGAGCGCUGUGCUGCUGUCAUGCUGCUGGGGAUGAUGACACGGGGAAAGCCAGAGAUUGUGGGCAGUAACCUCGAUGUUCUGGUGAUGACUGGUCUAGAUGAGAAGGUAAUUGAAGACUAUCGCCUCGCUCAAGAAGUGUGCAGUGCCAUCUCCAAACUUGCCAGCAGCAACAAGCCAGCUGAGGGGAAGAACCAUGCUCCUUUCCGCCUGCCGCAGACACACCAGCUGUUUAGACACCUGAGUGAGGCUGUGACCACAGGCUUUGCCCAGCCAAGCACACUCUGGAUCCCCUUCACGGAGUCAGCAAUAACCCUCAUCUACCAGUUAGCAGAAGGGCCUGAGGAAAUAUGUGCCCAAAUCCUGCAGUGUUGUAGCCAACAGGCUCUAGAGAGGGUUCAGGAGCCACAAGGGGUGGAAACAGAACCAGGGACUUCUCCAAGCAGCAUCCCUGGUGGUGCCAACACUCUCCCUACCUUCCUGCUGACACAUCUGCUCUCCCUUGUGGGAAAUGUGGCCUUACAGCAGGUUGUGCAUCUGGAGCGGGCAGUGAGUGCAGAGCUUCGUAGGCGCCGUGUCCUUGGGGAGGAGCAGGAGGCCAAGAAACAUGUCAACAGCACCAAGGAGCAGAGUGGCAAGAGCGCUGAGAAUGAGACCACCGUGGAGGAGGAUCUGGGCCUAGUAGGUGCCUCAGCUGAUGACACUGAGGCAGAACUCAUCCGCAACAUCUGUGAUACAGAGCUGCUGGAUGGGAAGCAGCUGCUCUCUGCCUUUAUUCCCCUGGUGCUCAAGAUCUGCAAUAACCCUGGGCUCUACAACGAUCCAGCACUCUCAGCUGCUGCAGCACUGGCCCUUGGUAAACUCUGCAUGGUCAGUGCUGAGUUCUGUGACUCUCAUUUGCGCCUUCUGUUUACCAUGCUGGAGAAAUCCACCCUACCAGGUGUGAGAUCCAAUCUCAUGAUUGCAGCAGGAGACCUAGCUAUCCGCUUCCCUAAUCUGGUGGAGCCCUGGACCCCCCAUCUGUAUGCCAGGCUGCGGGACCCCUGUCAAGGUGUGAGGCAGACAGCUGGGCUGGUGAUGACCCACCUGAUUCUCAAAGACAUGGUGAAAGUAAAGGGGCAAGUGAGUGAGAUGGCUGCUCUGCUCAUUGACCCUGAAGAGGAAAUUGUGGGUCUGGCUCAGAAUUUUUUCAGCGAACUUUCCAACAAGGGUAAUGCCAUCUACAACUUGCUUCCAGAUAUUAUCAGCCGCCUCUCAGACCCAGACUGCGGCGUGGAGGAAGAGUCCUUCCGUACCAUUAUGAGACAGCUUUUCUCUUACAUAACAAAGGACAAGCAGACAGAGAGCCUGGUGGAGAAGCUGUGCCAGCGAUUCCGGACUGCCAGAACAGAGCGUCAGUAUCGAGACCUUUCUCACUGUCUCACUUUGCUUCCUCUCUCUGAACGAGGCCUCCGCAAGAUGCAAGAUAAUUUUGAUUGUUUUGCUGACAAGCUCCAUGACUUGGCUGUCUAUAACUGUUUCCUAGCUGCACUGGGCCGACUCCGCAGGUCGGUCACCCGACCGGAGACCAAGGCUCUGAUUGAAGAGAUGGAGCAGAAACUCCAUGCCUGCCACAACCAUGGUAUGGAUUCCGCAGAGGUUCCCAAGGAGCCUCUAUGCCAGGAGGGAGGCAAGACUCCCCUGCCAGAACCAGGAAAGAAGAGACAAGUAGCAGGCUCCUGCCGCCGCCCUAUGAGCAUAGCCAACAGAGAUGCAGACUCUUCUUUCAUCACACCUCAACCCCGUGUGUCCAGGCGUUGCCGGGGUGCCGCACUGCGCCAUUCAUCUCGGAAAGCUGCCAUCACCUUCUCUAGCGAUGAGGAGAACAGCCCUGAGGAUGAACUCUGUGCCGAAUUGGCAGAGGAUGAAACACCAAGCAAGGUUACUCCCAUUUCCCGAGCUUCUGCUUGCCGUGCUCUGUGACAAAAUAUCUCACAGAUGUGCCUCAGUUAUUAAUAAGAAAUAAAGCUGGUUUUAUUUUCUC